CUCAGGCAAGCUCUCAGGCAAGCUUUCAACACAUAUCCAGCCAUGAAGUUAUUCACUCUGUCUCUCCUGUGCACUGUCUUUGCUCUCUCCACGGCCAAGCCGAGGAUUGGCAAGCUGAGAGGCCACUUUGACGACAUGGGCUACUUUCAUAAGUCAGAAAUGGGACUACUCCAGGCAUCCUCCGUGGCUAGUGUGCAACAGCUUGAACCCGGCAGAGAAAUCUGCCAGUCUGCCACAUACAGCCAUAUAGACCUCACAACAUAUGUCCAUAUUUGUGAGAGUGGAUUCGAUUCUCAAGGAAGGAAACAGUACUGUUUCGUUACUGAUGGACUUUGUUGCAUACCUCCUUCUGACAGUAUUCCGCCGACUCCUGUUAAAGGGUAUCAACUCAAAUUCAGUGACCAGUUCUCAACAAGUGUUAAUUUCUACUCAUCUGGUGGAUCGAGAGGAGUGUGUUAUGAUAUUGAAAACGAGGAUAUUAAAAGUUGCAGUGGAUUUGGGUGCAGACCAGGAGAAUGUGUUGAAUCAAGAUGCAUUCAGAAUACUCUGACUGGGAAUAUGGAUAGUUGUAGUAACGAUGCUUGUAUUUGCAAAGAGGGCUUUGCCCCUCCCGACUGCUGCAACUGUGAUCUGACGGGAGUUAGUGGACGACCUCAUUACUUGGACCCAGUCACAAAUAAGUGCACACCCUACUGCCGGGAAAAUUGCCCACAGCCCGACCUAGACGGGUGUGAUCAGUGUACAGUUGGAUACAAGCCUAGAGACUGCUGCCAAUGUGAAGAUGGUUACUUUGACAAGCAGGGAAUAUGUAGUAAACCCGUCUGUGAGGACAAUGUGGAACUUUGUACUGGUGGAGUGUGUACCUGUGAUGCGGGAUAUUUGCCUCAAGACUGCUGCGAUUGUGCUCCAGGAUAUUACAAGGAUAAAACAGAUAAUACAUGCAAACUACCGUGUGUGGACAAUGUGGACGAGUGUGUCAAUGGAGAGUGUACGUGUAAACCUGGAUACUUGUCUCCCGACUGCUGCAAAUGUGAUAAAAACUAUUACAAGGAUCCUGUAGAUAAGAAGUGCAAACUGCCAGAGUGUCAGCCUAAUCUGAAAGCUCCGUGUGUUGGUGGAGCGUGCACCUGUAAAGAUGGCUAUUUACCUCAGGACUGCUGCGAGUGUGCUCCCGACUACUACAAAGACGGUGAUGAAUGCAAAUUACCAGCUUGUGAUAAUAUUAAACGCUGUUUUGGUGGCGUGUGCACCUGUGAAGAGAAUUAUUUACCACCUGAUUGCUGUGACUGUGAGAAGGACUUGUACAAAGGUCCUGAUGGAACUUGUCGGGAACCCUGUGUGGACAAUAUUGUGUCCUGUACCAGAGGGGUGUGCACAUGUAAUGUAGGAUUCAGUGGAGACGAUUGUUGCACGGAGAGUUGCACCCCUGCCCAAGACGUCUAUCUUUUGAUCGAUGCCACUGCUAGUUACAUUACUCCAAAUUUCUGUCGAACCCAAUACAGCACCCAGUUGAUGAUAUCAGCAUUGAAUCCGGGGAGUAGCCUUACUACAGGAACUCGCCUAGGUGUAGUGAUGUACCCCACUAUUAGGGGAGACGACGGAAGAUUUAUGGAUUUAAGAGAUGAGCCCCGAGAAGCUAUUGACCUUUUGAACGUUGGUAUAGGUUGUACCGAAGCAGUCGGAAAGUUCAACAACUUAAUUGAUGGUUUUAUGAACGUUGAUAGGGCCACCCCAGUGAGUCCUUACGUAAAGUAUACGAAAAGUAUGCUGACGUAUCCUGCAACAGCAUUUGAAUUACUCAAUACGAAAAUAAACAAGGCAAUUCUUAAUGGGGAAGAAAGAUAUCGUCGAAGAGUGGUUAUUGUGAUUACAGAUGGAGUUAACGAUGAAUCUACAGAUACUGAUGACCAAAGGGCAAAGAAUCCCAAACUAGAGGAGCAGAUUAAAAAACUCAGGGAAAUCAGUAACAAUCCCAGCAUCAACAUCAUAGCUGCCGGGCGUGAUGGAUAUGGAAGCGACAUUCAGGGAAGAAAUCAAUUCAUGAAGGAUUUGGAAACGAUUGCUGGAGACAAAAAUAAUGUCGUCGUUGACAGCAAUCCCUUAGAAUUGUCUCGUAAACUCAUACAGAAAAUGAUCGAUCUCAACACAAUUUGCAAAAGUGAUGGUGAGAAAAUAUUGAAAAGUCUUCAAGACACUAACAAUGUCAAUUCAUUCUGCUAUUGCUUGCUUGCUCGAAAUCCUAUGAAUGGAGACGAUUUCCCUGUAUGUCGACGAUACUGCACUGACAGAACAACUCAACAGUGCCGGGCUCCCCCCCAGUGCCUUGGAGGACCAGCUGGGAUCAACAAUCCAUGGUACGUUGGUUCCAAGAACUACGGUGAUUCAGUCACUUCAGUAGUCAGACAGACAAAAAUGGACACUAAGAAUGAGCUUGAGAAGGAAAUUCUCGCUGCUGUUGAAGAGAUACUCAAGGAGAGGAUGAGCAACUAAGCCAGAGGGCAUAAACUACAUGACUUAAAAUAUUGGACUAUAAUUUUAAUUAGAGAUCUAUAGCUAUAACAUAAUAUAGGGACUUGUAUUAUAGGCCUUGACAAACUAUUUUGCCUAUUAUUCUUUUUGACUAUUUCGCAAAAAGUCAGCCUAUUAUUCCAGUUUGGUGUACACCUUCGAAUCAAA